AUGGCCGACAACGACAAGCCAGAGCUCACGCCCGCUGAGGAGGCCGCCGCCCGUGCCAAGGAGACGGAGGAGCAGAAUGCGCUGCCGUACAAGUGGCAGCAGACCAUCGCCGACGUCGACAUCACCUUCAGCGUCCCGGGCAAUUACAAGAGCAGAGACCUCGUUAUUGAUAUCAAGAAGACCAAGCUCUCGGCCGGCGUGAAGGGCCAAGAGCCAAUCGUUAGCCCAUACGAAUUACAGGGCGACCUCUCCCACCCAAUCCUCGUCGACGACUCCACUUGGACCCUGUCCUCGGCGCCCGACGGCACAAAGACGGUCGAGAUCCACCUCGACAAGGUCAACAAGAUGGAGUGGUGGGCGCACGUCGUCACCACGGCACCCAAGAUUGACGUAUCCAAGAUCACUCCCGACACGAGCAAGCUCUCGGACCUCGACGGCGAGACCCGCGGCAUGGUGGAGAAGAUGAUGUUUGACCAGCGCCAAAAGGAGCAGGGUUUGCCCACCUCGGACGAGCAGAAGAAGUUUGAUAUCCUCAAGAAGUUCCAGGCCGAGCACCCGGAGAUGGACUUCAGCAACGCCAAAAUUAGCUAG